CUUGUUUUUCUAGUACAGGAUGCCAGUCCCUCAUUGUACUGGAAGUUCUGCCGACAGCGUGUGCACGGGCUCAGAGAGGGACCCUGAGAAGCUGCUUUCCAGCAGCCUGCAUGCAGGUCGGGGAGAUGACACAAGAGAACUCCAUUCUGCUUCACUUGCAGAGUUUACAGCUGCCCUUUCCCGACACCUGGAAGUAUGGGAUUUUGGCAUUAGCCAUCCUCCUGGUUUUGGUGGCUCUAACCAUUUUAACCUGCCAAAUGUGCCAAUGCCAGAAACUGAGAAAAUUUGGGAGAAAGAAGAAAUACCUUAGUGAAGCCUGUAAGGACACAAAGGCGGAGAAUGGCAUCCUGGGGGAUAAACUGCGACCAGCUCUCCUUGACAUUGCUAAGCAGAGCCUUCCUGAUGUCAAGAUCCAGAAACUCCAAGAGGAACUGGACAAGCUGGGUACCUGCCUUUCCCCCUCCUGCACCAGCACUAAGAACCUGGAGAGUGUGGGCAGCAACGCAGACUUCUUGGAGAGCUCCCGGGGCAGGCUGAGAUUCUCCCUCUUCUACCACAGGGACCGACUUGAGCUGCUCUUGACGGUCAUUGCAGUGACAGGCCUGCCUAGCCGAGGGAGCGCUGACUCUGCUGUUCGGGUCCGGCUGCUGAAGCAAGUCCCAUCUCACAUCUCUGGCCUCCAGUGCAUGGUCCAUGAGUGGCAAACACAGGCGGUGAAGAACUGCAGGAAACUUGCCUUUGGGGACCAGUUUGUCUGCUCCCUGCAGGAGGCUGAGCUGGAGAAGAGCACUGUGAAGUUGGAGGUUAAACAUUACAACAAGUAUUCCAGACACACCAUGCUGGGGGAAGUGAGGGUCACCCUCAGCAAACUAAAGGCCUCCCAACGUAUGGAGUUCUGCGAGGAGCUACAGAAGACUACAAAGGACCUUGUUGGAGAAGUCCUUGUGUCGCUGAAGUGUCUUCCCAUCUCUCAGAAGAUAGAAAUUGGGCUGCUCAAAGUCAAAACUGCCUCCGUGUGCAGCAGUCCAGAGAAGAGUGUGUAUGCGAGAAUAGACAUCUCCUGCCAUCUCCACAAACAGAAGCAUCAGAAAUCCAGCCCCAGGGCCCGAACCUCAGUCAUCAUCUUCAAUGAGACUUUCCUCUUCCAACUUGCUGAGCCUGUUGCUGGGGCCUGCACAGUCCUGGUCUCCGUUUAUGAAAUGAGCUCCAGGGCCAGAGGCAGCAGCAGGCAGCUCAUUGGACAGGCUGUCCUGGGGAAGAGGAGCCCCAGAGAAGCCAAUGACCACUGGGCCCUCAUGAUGCAGUCUGUCCAGCAGCCUGUGGCUAAGUGGCAUCCUCUGCUACUUUAGAAGGAGGAUUUUGCACCACUUCCAUGAUGUAGAAACUGGCCAGAUUUUCUCCAUGGCAUCAGGCCCAACAGCGUUCGAAGUGGGUAUCUUCCAGAGAUGGGUAAUAGCCUGAAGCUCCUGGUUAGAACAGCACUAACCGAAGUAGCUGCUAGUUGUGACAAAAGUUGCUGAUUCAUUCUCCCUCCCAGCAGCAGCAAGGGAAUGUCUUUCCAUCCCUGCCAAGUCCCAUUGUGAUUUGAUUAACAGUACUAUUGCCGGAGCACCGAGAGGAUGCAACUGAGACCAGGGCCCCACUGCACUAGGUGCUGUGUAUACACACAGACAGUCAGUAAGAGAACAACUCUGCCCUGAUGAGUUUACAAUCUGAACAGACAAGGGAAGCAAUGGGUGGGAGGACAGGAGUAUUAUUAUCCCCCUUUGACAGAUGGGGAAUUGAGGCACAAAGAUUAAGUGACAUGUCCAAGGGUUCACAGGGACUCUGUGACAGAGUGGGGAUUUGAACCCAACAUCUCCUGAGUCCCAGUCCAGUGCCUCAAGCAUCCUUCCUCUCCUUCCCCUUUCUUUGCCUGGAAGAGUCUCAGAUGUGGCACUUUCCCAGUGAAGGCACCCAGGCCUUGCCACCACUGCCUCCCUUCACUCACACGCACAUAGAGUGCCUGUGGGGAUGGAUGAAUACAAGACCUCGGCAUCCCAGGCUGUCAGUCAGGCACUUUCCUUCAGUGAUACCCCCAUGUUAAAAACAAACAUGCUUUGUGUAAAUGCAGCCCCCUCUCACCUGCUAAAGAUAAAUGAAACAGCCCAGACCUUGUAAACGAGAGCAGAGCCUGCUGAAGUAGGAGCAACCUGCACACUUUGCCCUUGCUGCCCUCUCAGGAAAGGUCUGGCCCCUGUGGCCACCACCACAGCUGGAGAGCUGCCAGCUGCUAAAUUUGGAUGAAUGGUUGUGAUCCAUCUCCAGCAAAGUGUGUGUGUGUGUGUGUGUGUGUGUGUGUGUGUUCAGGGCUCUCCUGAAGUGGCUAGGAGGCAUGGUAGUGCAUCUAAAGCUCAUUAAUGCUUGUAAACUGUUUUCUUCCCAGGAUAUCACCAUUUCCCUGCACCGCAUGUAGGGGUGGACAGUGGCCACUGCUCUGGGACUUCAGGCUUCUGCUUUGUUUAGUCUCCCAGCACACAGCACCCCCUGGUGGAGGCAUGGCAGCACAAUCUCACCUUGUCUGGCUGUAGAAACAGAUCAGACCCCAUAUCCACCUAGUCCUGUAUCCAGUCUCUGACAGUGGCCAGCACCAGCUAUUUCAGUGGAAGCUAUAAGAACCCUGCAGUGAAUAGAUGUGGGAGAAUCUGAUCCCCACAUUAGGUCUCACCUGGAUCUCUGUCAGUUAGAGAAUGGUUUAAGCCCUGAUGCACGAGGCUCCAUAGCCUUUCCUAAAUUUGUCAUAAUUAAUUAUAAGAAUUUUGGAUAUUCUUGAUACCCAUAAACAUGUUUUAUCCCUUUUUGAAUCUUGGUAUGUUCUUGGCCUCAGUGAUGUCCUGUGGCAGUGAGUUCCACAGUUAUGUGAAAAAAGAAUUUCCUUUUAUUGGUUUUGAAUUUCUUACCUUUUAAUUUAAUUGCAUGUCCUCUGGUUCUUGUAUGAUGAAACAGAGAGAACAGAAGCUCCAAAUCUAUCUUCUCUGUCUCAUUAAUUAUUUUAUAUACUUUUUAUCAUGUCCCCUCUUACUCAUCCUUCCUAAAGUGAACAAUCCCACUCUUCAAUCUCUCUCCAUAGGACAGGCUUUCCAGGCUCUUCAUUGAACCUUCUCUAGUUCUGUACCAUCCUUUUUGAGAUGGUGUGACCAGUACUCCGCACAGUAUCCAGAUAAGGUCACACCCUUGCUUUAUAUGAAGGCAUUAGAAUAUUCUCUGUAUUAUUCACCAUCCCUUAUACAGCCUAACAUUGUGUUAGCUUUUGUGACUGCAGCUUCACAUUGAGCAGAGGUUUUCAUUGAGCUCUCUAUAUGGACACCAAGGUCCCUUUUCGAGCUGACACAGUUAAUUUAGAAUCCUGCAAGGUCCACAAGGAGUUUAAACUUUUCCCUCCAAGGUGCAUUACUUUGCAUUGAUCAACACUGAAUUUCAUUUGCCAUCAUGCUGCUCAUUCUCCUAGCUUGGUUAGGUCCCUCUGAAGUUCCUUUCGAUCCUCUCUGGUCUUGACUAGCAAAUGUUGCUACCCCACUACUCACCCCCUCCUGCCUUUCCAGGUCAUUAAAUACACUUAACACAGGACCUAGUAUGGAAACUUACAGCCCCCACUUUUGAAAUGAUGAAAGUUGACCAUUUAAUCCUACUCUUUGCUUUCCAUCUCCUAACCAGUUUUUGAUCCAUGACAAUAUAGUUUGCUUCUCACCCCCAUGACUACUUAGCUUCAUUAGUAGCCUCUCGCACAGAAUCUUGUCAAAGGCCUUUUGAAAGUCACUGUAUGUAUACCAUGCCUCCCAUGGAGAUAAGAGCCAGCAGAAUGGCUCAGUCCUCUAACUUCUACCAUCUAAUCUAGGGGGCAGUAUUCUGCUACCAGCUCCCAGCCCACUCACUCCUUGCUCUUUGCUCGGAUGCCAGCUGUGAUGCUGGUGGAUCUAGGCACUGAUCUGCUAGGGACUCUCUCCCAAAAGGCAAGGGAAGGGUGAGUGGAUUGGCAUAUGGAGCGAACAUAUCAGCAUGUCACUGACUGAGCUUGCUCCGUAGUCACUACCCUGCUCCGACAAGUACUGUAACCUCCCAGCCACUCACCCUGAUGGGAUGGUGACACAGACACAUCAGCCUGGAAGCUAUUUCAGGAGCACUUCAGCACCCUGCAAGCCCUGCUACAAGACGCCUGAAGCUCCAGCAUAAUUGGGACUGGUCCAUGGACAUCAGCUCCAGUGCUGAACCUAGUUAUUUGAGCAUCGGGAAAACAAGAGUGACUACAUUAAACUAACACCACCACCUGCCACCAUAUAGCCACAAUCUAUAUGCCCACAACUCCCCACAGGAGAAGUUCUAGCCUGGGAACCCCUGGCAUCAAAGACAUCAGCGCAGCCUGUGGUACUGUCACAGUGGGUCAGAUACUCAGUACAAUCCCAGGGGGAGAACGGUCAGUUACAGGGAAAGCUCUCGAUGUUCUGGGCUUCUUUCAAAUGAAAAUGCUGGGCUGCUCUGGGUGGGGAAAAAAGGUAACAUCCAUUAGCAGCUCUGACUCAUGGAUUUGCUACAGCUGGCAGCUGUCACCUAAGCCAUGAGGUUUGUUUAAUUGUACCUUCCAGAGUCUGCGGUUCAGGCAGCACAAUGGCAUAGGCGGGUAGGACUGCUC